AUCAAUUUCUAUGCCCUAUUUCCUCUUACCAAAAACUCUUCAAAGUCCCCACAAGCCACAAACCCUCAUUCUCUCUUCUCUUCUUCUCUACACCACCCACCCUACCUAACAUACCCCACCUUCAAAGCUCUCAAAAAAAAAAUCCUCCAUUUUUUUUUCCAUUAUCAAAAAACUAUGAAGAAACUUUACAGAAAAGGCACAGUUCAUCCAUCUCCUCCUUUAAUUUCUGACCAACUUUCAUUCUUACCAGUUGCUAUUCUCACUCUUGCUGCAGCUUUAUCUCAAGAAGACAAAGAAGUCUUAGCUUAUCUCAUUUCUUGCUCUUCCGGUGACUUUUCCGGUAAUCGGAGAACUACCCACAAGUCUAACACCUCAAACCCACCUCCUCCAACAUCAAACCCUGUUUCCGGCGACUUUUCCGGCGAACUUUCCGGCGACUUUUCCGGUAAUCGGAGGAAUACCCACUUCAAGUCAGCUACACCCAACUCAGGUUCUGAAAAGUCCGGUGGUGGUACUGGUUCGAAAAGUUUUUCUGCCGCCGUACACGGCGGCGUUCAUGGCGGUACUGACCAUUUGAGCUCAUUUAACUGCUAUUGUUUCAGCUGCUAUAUGAGUUAUUGGGUAAAAUGGGAUUCUUCACCAAAUCGACAGCUUAUUCAUGAAAUUCUUGAUGCUUAUGAAGAUGGGUUGCAGAACAAAAAGGAAAAGAGUAAAAAAGAACGAAGAAACAAAAACGGUUCAUCUCUGAAGCAAAACGGGUCGUCUUUGAAACAAAACGGGUCAUCUAAUGGUGAUGUUGGGUCUUCUGCUGAGCUGAAAAAAUCAUCAUCUGAGUUAUCUUUGAACAAAAAUGGGUCCGGGUCAGUGUCUGAAUUCGGGUCGGGUCAGACUGACCCGGUUGAGGAAACUUCCGGCGCCGCCGGCGGUUAUGAAGAAGAAUCCGGUGGAGUUGAAAAGGGCUCUGUGAGAAAGUUUGUGAGUUUUCUUGGUGAAAGGAUUUGGAGUGUUUGGACCUAAAAAUAAAAAAUAAAAAAAUAUUUUUUUGGAAUUAAUUUUCAAGAAAAUAUUUGAGGUUGGUUUAUUUUUAAUUUUUUUUCUAUCUCCAUUUCCACUUUAAUCAUCUCAUAAUAGUUCUUUUUUUGAAUUUCUGGUCUGUAAAAUACCCUUUUACUUCACAAUGUAAAAUAUUGGGUAGUAAUUUUGAAUGAUCACCUUCAUUGGUUUUUUCUUAUUUUUCACAUUUUGUAUAUAUCUUUGAUGUUAAA